CCAAAAUGUGAAAAACUUUAGAACUGUCAUCAGAAUAUAUCAGAACGUUUCAAUUGGCGGCUUUCUCUCUCUCUCUUCAGGAAGACAAAGUUUCGAACUCGAGCAAUGGCGGUGGAUACUCCUGCUGGAGUAAUCAUCAUCGCUACGGUACUUUUACAAGCUGCCGCAACCAUGGUAGUAUGCGGCGGCUCCGACGCGGUUCUGAAGCUGGAGAGAUUGAUACCACCGAACCACGAACUUGGUCUAAAUGAGCUCAGGGCUUUUGAUUCAGCUCGCCAUGGAAGGUUAUUGCAGUCUCCCGUCGGCGGCGUUGUUAAUUUCCCGGUUGAUGGAGCCUCCGAUCCGUUUCUCGUUGGGCUUUACUAUACAAAGGUUAAACUUGGGACACCUCCGAGAGAAUUUAAUGUUCAAAUUGACACUGGAAGUGAUGUUUUAUGGGUUAGCUGCACUUCUUGCAACGGCUGCCCCAAGACCAGUGAACUACAAAUUCAGCUAAGUUUCUUCGAUCCUGGAAUUUCAUCCUCGGCUUCGUUAGUUUCAUGUUCAGACAGGAGAUGUUACUCAAAUUUCCAGACAGAAUCGGGCUGUGCUCCCAACAAUCUUUGUUCCUAUUCGUUCAAGUAUGGUGAUGGAAGUGGCACUUCUGGUUACUACAUCUCAGAUUUCAUGUCCUUUGAUACUGUUAUCACCAGUACAUUGGCUAUCAAUUCCUCGGCUCCCUUUGUCUUCGGGUGUAGCAAUUUACAAACUGGAGAUUUACAGAGGCCGAGGAGAGCAGUAGAUGGCAUCUUUGGGUUAGGACAAGGGAGCUUAUCUGUAAUUUCACAGCUUGCUGUGCAAGGACUUGCACCACGAGUAUUCUCUCACUGUCUCAAGGGAGAUAAAAGCGGUGGAGGUAUAAUGGUUUUAGGUCAAAUUAAGAGGCCAGAUACUGUCUAUACCCCCCUUGUUCCAUCACAGCCACAUUAUAAUGUGAACCUGCAGAGCAUUGCUGUGAACGGUCAGGUCUUACCGAUUGAUCCAUCUGUAUUCACAAUAGCCACUGGGGAUGGGACGAUAAUUGAUACAGGGACGACUCUUGCUUAUCUUCCAGACGAAGCUUAUAGUCCAUUUAUCCAAGCUAUUGCAAAUGCUGUUUCGCAAUACGGGCGUCCCAUUACCUAUGAGAGUUACCAGUGCUUUGAUAUCACAGCUGGUGACGUUGAUGUCUUUCCCGAAGUUAGUUUGAGCUUUGCUGGUGGUGCAUCAAUGGUCUUAAGACCGCGUGGGUAUCUUCAGAUUUUUUCUAGUUCAGGAAGUUCAGUAUGGUGCAUUGGUUUCCAGAGAAUGUCGCAUCGCCGCAUAACAAUUCUUGGCGGUAACGACUAAUUAUUAUUUGUAUCAAGUGAAAUUGAAACAGUGCAACUAUUUUAAAUGGUGGAUUUCUUUGCAGAUUUGGUUCUUAAGGACAAAGUGGUGGUCUACGAUCUAGUUCACCAAAGGAUUGGAUGGUCAGAAUACGACUGUUCUCUGGAGGUAAACGUUUCAGCGUCAAGAGGAGGACGAAGCAAAGACGUUAUAAACACUGGACAGUGGAGAGAGAACGGUUCGGAGAGUAUAAAAAGAAGAAGGUAUCACCUGUUACAAGUAGUAGUAACAUUACUUGUCCAUCUUUUUGCUCGCUUCUUGUAGCUUCGACUAGCAUUCACAUCAAUCCACUGUGGUUGGACUUUUGUAUUCUUAUAUUACUGUAACUUAAUCACAGAUGUAUCACUAAUUUAAUUCUUACUUACUACCACCACACCACCCACCACUUCUCUC